AAAAAUGCACUGACCUUUAGUUGGAGCAGAAGGAGGUGGCAAAGGGCCAUCUAUACCAAGAGGCAGUAUGGAAUAGAGGAUAGGAGGCCAGACUGGAGCCAGGCUGCCUCAGUGUGAAUCUUGCCUCUGGACCUUGGGCAAGCGUCUUUAUUUCUCUGUGGCUUAGAUGAUAAUAGUACUUCCUCAAGGGCUUGUCCUGAGAAAUAUAUAAGUGAUUCUUUGUAAAGCAUUUAAAAACAGUGCCUAUGAACACUGGUUAAAUAAACAACCCAGAGGUAUUAAAGUGUGGAAGGCAAGUAAUAUGGAAAAUGGGAGAUGCAGCUAGAAAGGUAGGUUUGGAAACAGUUAAUCAAAGUCUUUGAAUAUCACUCAGUGUAUUUGGAAUUAGCCAAUAAGGAACAUAAAAUCCAUUCCCCUAUGGCUGGAGCUCAAUAGUGGUUUCCCACUUUAAACGGGGCCUGCACUCUUAGUUUAGCCACAAUUUCUAAUGUUCAGUAAGUAGCCCAAUACUCCACAGAUUAGUGGUUCUAAGUCAGUACGUCUGGGGAUCUGUAUUUCUAACAAAUUCCCAGGUGAUGUUGAUGAUGCUGCUGGUCCACAGACCACACUUUGGGAACUACUGCCUUAUUGUAUCUUGGACACUAAGACGGGGAAUGAGUUGCCAUUUAUCAUCAAGCAUGCACUGCGUUUUUUUUCAUACCUGCUACAUUUUGUGCAUUAAUGUUACUUUUCUGGCCCUAAUGGAACUUGGGUUUACAGUUCCUGGCAUAACCAGUAUGGAAGGGUUGGAUAUGAUAUCACAAGAGACUGGAGGGGCUAGAGAGAAAGAGAUUUGGGAAUGACUGAGGCUCAGCCUAGGCUGAGCCUGUGGUAGCUGAAGCUGUUAGCUCAUUCCUAGGGAUAGUGUGCAGGGAGAAAUGGGGUGCAGGUGGACAGCAGAGUAUCAAGCGGGCACUGGCACAUCCUGUCAUAAAAGAAAGGGGAAAGAAUAGUCACUGUUUAAGGAAGAGGAUUCAAAGAGGUAGGAGGAGAGAUGAGAGAGAGAGUGGCUGAUGGAGAGUUAUUGACUUACUAUAGAGGGAGGACUGUUGGCAAACAUCUGAGGCCAAGCUUAAAUAGUUAAACAGUAAAGUUCUCAGGUGAGCUCACUUGAGAGCUGGGACAUCAGGAAGCAGGUGUCCUGUUACCCUUGCCCACGGCAUGCCUGGUAACCUGCUGUUGCUCCGAGGCAGAGCUUGUUGUGAGCAAUUGUCUCUGAGGCUCUGGUGGUGCAUUUGCAGCUUUGGAGCUAAGCAUGGCCUUCUAUCAGCUACUUGGCCUGCUGCCGUGGCCUUGGUGCCACCUUUCUCCAGUGGUCAGCUCAGGGAUUCCCCUGCCCAUGCAGUCCCCAGCUGCCACUGCUGAGGGCCUAAGCGGCCCCCUCUUUGGGGCUUACACGUUUCCCACCUUCAAGUUCCAGCCUCGCCGUGAUAGCAUGGACUGGAGGCGCAUUAGCACUCUGGAUGUAGACCGCGUGGCCCGGGAGCUGGAUGUGGCCACUCUGCAGGAGAACAUUGCUGGCAUCACCUUCUGCAACUUGGAGCGGGAGGUAUGCAGCCGCUGUGGGCAGCCUGUGGACCCAGCACUGCUCAAGAUGCUGCGCCUGGCGCAGCUCAUCAUCGAGUACCUGCUGCACUGCCAGGACUGCCUGAGUGCCAGCAUUGCCCAGCUGGAGGCACGGCUGCAGACCAGCCUGGGCCAGCAGCAGCGCAGUCAGCAGGAGCUGGGCCGCCAGGCUGAUGAGCUCAAGGGUGUGCGGGAGGAGAGCCGCCGGCGUCGCAAGAUGAUCAGCACCCUGCAGCAGCUGCUAAUGCAGACAGGCACCCACAGCUACCACAUGUGCCACCUGUGUGACAAGACAUUCAUGAAUGCCACCUUUCUCCGGGGCCACAUCCAGCGUAGGCAUGCAGGACUGGACUCAGAAGGAAAACAGAAGAAGCAAGAACAGCCAGUGGAAGAGGUGUUAGAAGAGCUACGGGCCAAGCUAAAGUGGACCCAAGGGGAGCUGGAAGCCCAGAGGGAGGCGGAGAGGCAGCGGCAGCUCCAGGAAGCAGAGAUCAUUCAUCAGAGAGAAAUAGAAGCUAAGAAAGAAUUUGAUGAAUGGAAACAACAAGAGUGGACCAAACUUUACGGGGAAAUAGACAAACUAAAAAAAAUAUUUUGGGAUGAAUUUAAAAAUGUCGCCAACCAGAACUCUUCACUAGAAGAGAAACUGCGGGCGCUGCAGUCCCACAGUGUGAUGGAAUCCAACCUGGGAUCACUGCGAAAUGAGGAGUCUGAGGAGUGGCUCCAUCAGGCACGGGAGCUUCAGGCCCUGAGAGAGAAGACAGAAAUUCAGAAAAUGGAGUGGAAGAGAAAAAUGAAGGAACUGCACGAAGAGCAUGUGGCUGAGAAGAGAGAGCUACAGGAGGAGAACCAGAGGCUCCAGGCCUCCCUGUCUCAGGAUCAGAAGAAGGCAGCUGCCCAGUCCCAGCGCCAGAUCAGCGCCCUCCGUGCCCAGCUGCAGGAACAAGCUAGGAUCAUUGCCUCCCAGGAGGAGAUGAUCCAGACCUUGUCCCUCAGGAAGGUGGAGGGGAUCCACGAGGUGCCAAAGGCUGCGGACACAGAGGAGGACUCUCCAGAGGAAGAGCCGGAGGACUCCCAGGAUGAACAGCAAAAGGUGCUGGCAGCUCUGAGGUGUAACCCCACCUUGCUGAAGCAAUUCAGACCAAUCCUGGAGGACACCCUGGAAGAGAAGCUGGAGAGCAUGGGGAUAAGGAAGGAUGCAAAGGGAAUCUCGGUUCAGACUCUCAGACACCUGGAAUCCCUGCUGAGAGUCCAGCGGGAGCAGAAGGCCCGGAAGUUUUCUGAAUUUCUGAGCCUGAGGGGAAAGCUCGUCAAGGAAGUCACCAGCAGAGCGAAGGAGAGACAGGAGGAUGGCACUAUGGUGUCCCAGCCAGACGGGCAGCCUUCAGUCAAAAGCCAGCAGAGCACACUGGUCACCAGAGAGGCCCAGCCAAAGACCAGGACCCUUCAGGUGGCUUUGCCAUCCAAGCUGGCAGAGCCACCCCCACCAACUCAUCAGAGCCAUGGCAGCCAUGGCUCCACUCUGACCCAGGUGUCCGCCCCCACUCCACGCCCCAGAGUGCAUGGACCCUCCAGCACCCCUCCUUCCUCGGGGCCCGGGAUGAGCACCUCCCCAUUCAGUUCUGAAGAGGACUCAGAGGGAGACCGUGUACAGCAUGUAUCUCUACAGCCCCCGAAAGUUCCUUCCAGAAUGGUGCCCCAGCCUGAGGUUGACUGGGACUGGUCUGACACAGAGACCUCGGAGGAGAACGCCCAGCCCCCUGGCCAGGGCUCAGGAACACUGGUGCAGUCAAUGGUUAAACACCUGGAGAAGCAGCUAGAAACUCCGGCAAAGAAGCCUGCUGGAGGGGUCAAUCUGUUUUUUACACCCAAUGCUGGGCCACAGAGGACUCCCAUACCCGGAAGGAAGCCUCAGCUUUCUGAAGAUGAGAGUGACUUAGAGAUCUCUUCCUUGGAAGAUCUUCCUUUGGGCCUGGACCAGAGAGAGAAACCCAAGCCCUUGUCUCGCUCAAAGCUCCCAGAGAAGUUUGGCACUGGUCCACAGAGCUCUGGCCAACCCAGGGUUCCUGCCUGGUGAUUCACCCCAGAGGCUGACCGGCCAGAGGGUUAGCUUGGCUGGGGCCAGCUCAGCUCCUCUCCAACGGAAGAGGCUUCUGGGCGUCUCGUCUUCACAAACAGCCAAGAGAUGGUCCUCUUGGAGAGAAGCAGUGCAGGGAGUAGAUAGGGUCUCAUCCCUUCUGCCCUGUGAGAGAGAGGCCUUGCCGUAGAGGGCCACAGGUACCUGACUAGGAUCCCCUGGGUCCCAAGGCUUGAGAAAGGGUUAUAACAGGACCUCCAGGUAGUCUACCUCCAUGUUUCCCCCAGACCGAAAAGAGUCAACUGGCUCUCUUUUCCCAAGCCUUUUAUAAAGCUGCAGGAGGCCAGGCAUGGCUCACACCUGUAAUCCCAGCACUUUGGGAGACUGAGGUGGGUAGUUUAUGAGGUCAGGAGUUCCAGACCAGCCUAGCCAAGAUGGUGAAACCCCAUCUCUACUAAAAAUACAAAAAUUAGCCGGGUGUGGUGACAGGCACCUGUAAUCCCAGCUACUUGGGAGGCUGAGGCAGGAAAAUCACUUGAACCCAGGCGGCAGGGAUUGCAGUGAGCUGAGAUUGUGCCACUGCACUCUCAGCCUGAGCGACAGAGUGAGACUCUGUCUCAAAAACAAACAAACAAAUAAAAACCACAGGAACAUUGUGGGGAUGGGUCCUAUCUGGGGUCAUUUUGGGGACAUAUGCCUCAGUCAGUCAUUCAGGGAUUGAUCCAAAAUUAUUUACUGAGUGACUGUCUACUCUGCACCAGGGUCUCCAGCCUCUCACUGCUGAGUUGGGGUGCAGGCAGAGGCUGGGGCAGAAUGUCUACAGCCAGUGCCAGCAUAGGGUAGUAAUCUAGUGAUAGAGAACAGGGUGUUAUGGGAGCAUAUGCGAGACCAUCCAACCCAGCCUGGGUGAUCCUGGAGAGUUUCCGAGGGUUGUGACAUGUGGCAGGCCUACUCAUGGGUGGGAAGGGAGAAGGGCCACUUGGCUGGACUUCAUGUCCCCAAAGGAUCACACAUGUAAUUUUUGAUAUUAUUUCCAAAAUCAGGUUUUAUACAUAGCCAUUUUAUAUUUUUAGUAUGAAAAACAUUAAUAUAUUAUAUGUAAACAUUUAAAUAUAGCACCAUGUUUUUAA